GUGUGUGUGUGUGUGUGUGUGUGGUGGGGGGAAAUACAAUAAAACCCUCAGGUACAUCUGCUUUGCAAUCUGCAAAUCCGCCCUCCUCCUCCUAGCUUCCAUCAGCCUCUCCAUCCUCCCACACCCACUCCCCAAAUCCACAGGGGACCUCGGCUCCUUCUGAUUGGUCGGGGAUGAGGCAACGAGGGGGGGACGGGAACAAUGUCAUCAUGUCGCCUUAAAAAGAGUGCAGCUAUGUUGUGGUGAAAGGACCUCGAGAGGAGAACACGGGAUCAAUAGCAGGAGGAAACAAACAAACAGAGAGAAAAAAGACGCAUCAGAUGGUUUGAUUUUGUGCGCGAGCGGCUGAAAGUGGUUUUCUUCUUCCCGCAGCGCCCAAAGUGCCUUCAGCUCCCCGCAAACAUGCCCAGAGGAUUCCUGGUAAAAAGGAACAAGAAAACCAACCCGGUGUCCUACCGGGUCCGCUCCGAGGACGAAGAAACGGACCAAGCGGCGGCUGAUGCUCCGCCGCUGCUGCCGCCCUCCUCCUCCUCUUCAGCGCAUCUCGUCUCCAUCCCGGUGCGCACGCUGACGCCUACGCCCACCUGCGGGGCGGCGGCUACGGCUCCGGAGCCGGAUGCUAAGCCCGUGCAGUUCGGGAACCCGGAGGCGGUGUAUCAGUCUCUGUACAGCCCCACCCGCCCCGUCAGCCACGAGCACGACCGCUCCUACUCCGAGGCCCGCUUCAGCCUCGGCUCGCCGGUUUCCGCGGAGUCUUUUCCCACACCGGCAGCCAUCACCGCCCUGGAUCACCUCUUCGCCCCGGUGGACCUGAAGAUCGGCUCCAGCAACAGCAGCCGCCCCGAGAGCAGCUCGUCAUCCGCCGGGACGCUCCCCGCCGCUGCAACCGGCGGCUCCAAGCGCUGCGCCAACGACGCCGAGCGCAAAGGCAAGCCGCCGUCCAAGAAAACCAAAGCCAUCCGCAAACUGCACUUUGAGGAUGAUGUCACUACGUCUCCGGUUCUCGGGCUGAAGAUUAAAGAGGCGCCGGUGGACCAGAAACCUCCCCGAGCGCCACCGGCCGGAGGAGACCACGUCCCGCUGGGGGAGUUUGUGUGCCAGCUAUGCCGGGAGGCAUACGCAGACCCGUUCGCUUUGGCGCAGCACAAAUGCUCCAGGAUAGUCCGGGUUGAGUAUCGGUGUCCCGAGUGUGACAAGGUGUUCAGCUGCCCGGCCAACCUCGCCUCCCAUCGGCGCUGGCACAAACCGAAGCCGCAAAAUACGCCGAGCGACAAGGUGUCCGCGUCGAAGACGGCCCCGGAUGAAGCAAAGGAUUCUAGUGACAGGGACACACCCAGCCCCGAGCCGUCCGAGUCCGGUUCAGAGGACGGACUGUACGACUGCAGUCAGUGCGGGAAGAGGUUUAAGCGCCAAGCCUACCUGCGGAAACACCUGGCGUCGCAGCACGGGUCCCCAAAAGCGGCGGAGGAGGAGGACGCGGCGGGCUGCGAGCAGAGCGCGGCGCCGCUCAACCUGAGCGCCUCCUGCUGCCACCUGUGCCCCGUGUGUGGGGAGAACUUCACCAGCAGAGGCAGCCAGGAGCGGCACAUCCGCCUGCUGCAUUCCUCACAGGUGUACUCGUGCAAAUACUGCCCCGCAGUCUUCUACAGCUCACCGGGACUCACGAGGCACAUCAACAAAUGCCACCCGUCCGAGAACCGGCAGGUGAUCCUGCUGCAGAUGCCGCUCCGCCCCGCCUGCUGAUCCCGAACUGUGGACUGGCACACACCGGGAAUCAGAGUCCACCCGCGUGUUUCUUUUUGUUUUUAGGAUUUCAGAGUUCCACUGAAAAAUAAAAAACAUCUGUACCCUAAAGCACACUUCCUUAAACUGAGUAACAGAUGUAAAGAGGUUUGUGAGAAGUUGUAACUCUGGGAGUAAUUCUGUUUCACUGUAGCUAUAUAUCUCCAAAGGACAAAACCACACCGAAGUCUAAUCUUCCUCAAAGACACGUGAAAAAUUUGCUUAUUUGUGUCUUUUCGAGUAAAAAUUAUCGUCAAAUAAUUCACAUUUUCUGUGGUAAACAGAGAGCCAAGCAUGCUCUCACAUAUCCACUCACACGCAGCUUGCAAGGUUUCAGUGCCUUGCUCGAGGACACUUCAGCAACCUCUGGGUGUGUGUGUGUGUUUGACUCCUCCUGGCCUGUAACCCACACCCACGCCCACCCCAACAUCACUUAAAAUGAUCCUCAAAGCUCUUUUUUUAAAAAAAAAAACGUUAGACUGUUAAUUUAUUUUUCUAGCAUCUCUGCACAAGUGCUAUUAGCUCCUAGACCUAAGAGAGGAGAUGACCUGUAGGAUAUAAAGCAGACUUCGCAGGCCUGAACAGACCUUAUCUCAUCACUCUGAUUAGCUUUAACAUAGCUCGUGGAUCUGUGGAUCAGUAGCUGUCGACUGAAAACAAAAGAGAGUAAAACUAGUGUAGCCGGUAAUGCCUUUGGAUUAGAGACUCCUGCUGUAAAACUGCCUUAAACUGACCUGAUUGUUUUUAUUUAUCACUGGCUGAGCAUAUGAUGAUAAUUAUUUUCUACAAAGCCUUCUGUAUUACCAGUAUACAGUAUAUCUAAUCUUUUUUCUAUUUAUUUAUGUAUUUAUUAAAUUAUUUGUGUAAGUUACUGCUUUGUGUGGUCGAACCUGUGAUCUGUCGCUGUGUUUUUUCAUCAUGUAGCCAAAUCCUUUUUAUUUCCUUUAACUUAUGUGAGGGCGGCGUGUUCAUGUGGCAUUAUAGCAAUCAGUGAGCCGCUCCUGAAGACAAACCGAAUGCAAUCAUGUUUUAAUUUAUUAUUAUGAUGAUGAUUAUUUAUUUUGGUUUUGUUGUAACCCUUAGCUCUUAUACUGCUUUGGAUGUUUCUGCAGUAUUUUGCUAAAUGUCCAAAUAAAUAAAAAAAAAUAAAAAAUAAAGACCAAACUGAGAAACAGCUUUCUUUGCCUUCUUGUGUGUUUUCUGCAGGUAACAGCUUGAUUUACACCUCAAGUUGUGGCUUCUUGAAGAAAAUGAAACCAAAAUCCGUCCAGUUUAUCUCCUUAAAUGAUGGUUCAAGUGUCUCCUCUUCAGUUACAUGCCAAAUAAUUGAAUUCAAAGGGUUUAAACAAGCAAAAACAAGGAAAAAUGAUAAGUUUCCAUUAAAGUAAAUUCAAAUCUUUACAUUUUAGAGACCAGGAUCAGUGGUUUUGAGAUGAUUUAAGACGAUUUUUCUAAACACGUAAAUCAGAAAAAAUCUUUCAAAAACAGUUGUACAAUAACAACAUCACUGCUAUCACGUCACCUGUGACCUCUUUAGGUUUUGGUUGUAGCUUUUAAGAAAGAUCAGAGCUUUCAAAUAACUGUUUCGUGCAUUUUGGUCUUAAAGGUCUUCUGUCCAAGAUGACUGAAAAGACUUGAUGUUGACCUUAAUUUAAUCCCAGGCAGGUUAUUGAUAACUUCAUGGAUGUUAAGUGGCGAUUUUACAGGUAUGAUUUCACUUGUGCUGUGUUUAGUUCAACGAGGGACGACUCACACAGGGACAGCACACAGCUUGGUUGGUAAAAUCCCAUCUGAGCCCCGAAACUAUGGACUUCUGCUUUAACUGAAAGUGAAACCAAAGGAAAAGUCACGCCUGCAAGAACAUGCCUUUACAUUUCCCUCUGACUCUAACUGG